CCGAGUUCAAAUAUGUGGAGGAGUUUCAGCUCCACUCGGUUCACGAUCUUAACAAAUCUACCUUGCUUGACCGACAAACUAAUUUCCCUCUCUCUCUCUCUAUAUAUAUUUGUAUUUAUAUCUGAUUUUUCUUGAAUCGAAGAUGUGGAGGAAGAAGUUAUUAUGGACGACUCUCUCCUCUGCUCUACGCAGGGCACUUCCUUCAACCUCUCGUUUCUCUAUUAAUUCCAUUCAUGUGACGCAAUUUUCUACUGCUUUUUCUUCCACGCGUUCUUUCCAUAGUGAAGAGGACCCUAGGGUUUUUCCAAUCCAGAGGUAUUGGUUUCUCGGAAACCUCAAAUUUUCCGGCAAAAAUUUCUGCUCCGAGAGAGUUCUUCCCAGGUGCUGGAACUGUGAUGCUGUGCCUCAAGUGGUGCCGUUUUUGUUUUGUGACUCUUGUCGAAGCAUUCAACCUGUUGAUCGCGCUGUUGAUUACUUCCAGAUAUUCGGAUUGGAGAAAAAGUAUUACAUUGAUGAUAGAAAUCUUGAGGGCAGAUACAAAGACUGGCAGAAGAAAUUGCACCCUGAUCUUGUUCAUUCAAAAUCUGAGAAAGAAAGAGGGUAUGCUGCUGAACAGUCUGCUCGGGUAAUUGAUGCAUAUCGCACACUGACUAAUCCGUUGUCAAGGGCGAUAUACAUUUUGAAGCUUGAAGGCGUGGAUGUGGACGAGGAAGAAACAGUUUCGGAUAUAGAGUUGUUAGCUGAGAUUCUGGAAAUUAGGGAAGCUGUUGAAGAAGCCACAGACUCUCAGGCAUUAAAUAAGAUCCAGGCCCAGAUACAAGAGAAACUGGCAUAUUGGUCUGAGUCCUUUGCAAGUGCAUUUCAAAGCCGAAAAUAUGAAGAAGCCCUGAGUUCCAUCCAGAGGAUGACUUACUACAGACGUGUAAAUGAAGAAAUUGUUAAGAAGCUCUGAUGCAGGUUCGUGAUGACCUAGUGUCAACUUCUGCAACUUAGCCGGCGGUCUUUUUUGAUCUCAUAUACUCAGUUUCAAGCUUAAUUGCGUCUGACAGUGCUUGGAAUAGCUUUGGCUAAGCCAGACAACAAUGGAGGACUAUCUUAGGAAAAUUUAUCUGGUUGGAAGAUAUCAAUCAAAGACCCGGCUGACCUUGGGUACUUCGUUGGCGAAAAUGACAAUGCCUCUCAUUCUAGCUGUUAUAAGACGUGCCUAUGGGAACACUCAGUACUUACUAAUCUUAUGUAUUCUUGAGAAGGUGGCAUUUGCUGCAAUUUUGGGGAAUGAAUAAAACAUUGCCAUAUAUACUAUAUGGCAUUUCUUACUUUUACACUUGUCAUUUUGGUUAUAGUCAUAUGUAACCAUUUGACAACAUGAAGUCAUAUGUAGUGAACUUGGUAGACCAUGACAGGAGAUACCACUUGAAGACCUUGGUGGUGCAGUCGAUAAUUUUUAUUUC